AUAAACGAAAAUUGCAACUACUUCUGCCUGCUUUCCAAGUACUAACCCUUUGUUUGCUGCAGCUGAGCUGAGCAAACCCACAAAACACGUCCUUUUGCUUACACUGCUCACUUCCCUCCCAAUCCUCUAGUGUUUCAGAUAGAGAUUAGAGAGAGAUGCCUCAAGCUCUGUCUUUUGGCCUCUCGUUCUUCAUCUUCUUAUCUGUUCUAUAAUGAACCCAACAUAAACAUUUUUAGAAAAGAAAAAAAAAAAAAGAGAGAGGAAAAAAGCUUUUCUUUGGUGGUGAACAAUGGCUUUGAACUCUUCUUUUGUUUUUGAUGCACUUUAUUGUUUAGAAGAGAAUUGGGAGGAAGAACCCAGAGAAGGCUACUUUGUGGAAGUAGAAGAAGAAGGAAGUUGUUACAAUCAUGGGAUUAAUAAGUCGAACUCUUUUCCCACUUUGUUAGACCAAGACUUAUCCUGGGAAGGCGAUGAACUUUCCUCUUUACUUUCAAAAGAAGAGCAGAAUCUACUGUAUGAUAGCCUUCAAAGCAAUGGGAAUCUAGCUGGGGCUCGCCGUGAAGCUGUGGAAUGGAUGUUAAAAGUCAAUGCUCACUAUUCCUUCUCUGCUCUCACCGCUGUUCUUGCCGUCAACUAUCUUGAUAGAUUCUUGCUUACCUUUCCGUUCCAAAGUGAGAAGCCGUGGAUGUCUCAACUAGCUGCUAUAGCUUGUCUUUCUCUUGCUGCCAAAGUGGAGGAAACCCAAGUGCCUCUCUUGCUGGACUUGCAAGUUGAGGAGAGCAGGUAUGUGUUUGAGCCCAAAACCAUCCAAAGAAUGGAGAUUUUGGUACUCUCCACCCUUCAAUGGAAGAUGAACCCUGUUACCCCACUUUCAUUUCUUGAUUACAUUGCAAGGAGGCUUGGAUUAAAGGACCAUCUUUGUUGGGAAUUCCUUAGGAGAUGUGACCGCACUUUAAUCUCUGUUAUUUCAGACUCUAGGUUUAUGUGCUACCUUCCUUCUGUAAUGGCCACUGCUACAAUGUUGCACGUUGUGGAUUGCGUAGAACCUAAUCUUAGAGUUGAAUACGAAAACCAGCUAUUAGGCAUCCUGGGAAUUGAUAAGGAGAAGGUAGAUGAAUGCUGUAAGCUGAUAACAGAUCUGGUAACAACAAUAGUUCAAGGGAACCUAUCAAAGAAACGUAGGUUUAGUAGCUCCAUUCCACGCAGCCCGAAUGGCGUAAUGGAUGUGUGGUUUAGUUCCGACAGCUCGAACGAUUCGUGGGCGGUGGCAUCAUCCGUGUCCUCUUCACCCGAGCCUCAAUCCAAGAAGAGCAGAACUCAACAACAACAGCUUCUGGAAAAGCUAAGCCACGGUCCUUUAGAUUUUCUCAGCAUUCCUCGCUAAAUUUCCAUCUUCAAUUUCCUUAGACCAUAAACAGUCUUUUGGAAUAAUAACAUUGCUCUUCUUUUUGUAUUAUGAUGCAAGUUAAAUUGCUUACCAUCUCUGCAUUUUCCUAUACCAAUUGAGUCUCAUCUUCAGAUUCUGAUGCUUAAAACCAUCUGCUUAGUCUGAAUGGUUUUGAAAUUUGCAAGCAGAGAUGGUUUGCAUUUUAUCCGGAAGAAAUUUCUUUUGUUUUUUUUCUUUUAGAAAAAAAAAAAUGAACAUAGCAAUGCAGAGUCCUUAGCAUUAA